AUGACGGAGACCAUCGAGACCGAUGUGUUCGAAAGCUACAAUUUAUAUUCGCAUCCGGAGAAGUUCUACAUCGAGCCAACGGAUUUGGGCGGCGGCACGGCGGCGUUGUACCAUUUAGAGAUUGAUAGGCACACAAAUGCGAUACGUUUAGUCGAUUCUCGCGCCGAACGCAUUCCGAUCGCCGAUUCGGACAUUAAAUUCAUCUACGGAAUUCUCGGAACAAUUCGCCUCGUUUCCGGUUACGCCCUAAUUGCAAUAACCAACGCAAAAGUUGUGGGACAUGUGAAUAAUAACAAAGUUUGGUCAAUUGUCGACACUGAAAUCAUUCCGUUCAAAAAAACCGUGCUCCAUUUGACCGAAAAACAGGUUCGAUAUGAUCGACGAUUCACCGAAAUGAUUCAAUAUGUGAUGUCGACGGGCGGUUUUUAUUAUUCGACGACGUUCGAUUUGUCGAGAACUCUUCAAUGGCUUCAUGAGAAUUCGUCGCCGACGUUCAAAAAUAUGCCAAUGAUCGAUCGGGCUAGUGAUCGAUUCGUGUGGAACGGCCAUCUUCUCUCGCAAAUUCGAGCAGUCGCCGGGGCUCAUCGCUUCGCGUUGCCGGUGAUUCACGGCUUCUUCGGCGAGGCGACAAUCACCGAGAAUGGUCAAAAAUUCAAAAUCGCGUUGGUCUCGCGACGAAGCAAAUUGCGCGCCGGCGUUCGCUUCUACAAACGCGGCGUCGAUCACGAGGGCCACGCGGCGAAUUACGUCGAAACCGAGCAGAUCGUCGAGUUCGAUCACAACAUCACCGCGUUCGUGCAGAUUCGCGGCUCGAUUCCGCUAUUGUGGUCGCAGCGGCCCAAUUUGCGAUGGCAGCCGUUGCCGACGAUGAAGCCGACCGAUGAUCAGCUCGCCGCGUUCAAACGAUCGUUUGAAUGGCACAAAUUGCACUAUGGUGGAAAGCAUGUAAUUGUGAAUCUGAUAAACCAAAAAGGGCGUGAGAAACGCGUCGGUUCGGAACUCGAGCGUGUCGCCCAACAAGCGAAUCUCGAUUAUGUCAGAUAUCACCAAUUCGAUUUUCACAAGGAAUGCCGCGCGAUGCAAUGGCACCGGAUUGAUUUGCUCCGAGAGCAACUAUCGGCCGAGCAAACAGCUUUUGGAUUUUUCGCGUUCAACCCAAUUUAUCCGAAUGAGGCGAGACUUCAACGCGGGUUUUUCCGAACGAAUUGUAUGGAUUGUCUGGAUCGAACCAACGUCGUCCAAUCGGUGUUGGCCGCCGAAUCGCUCAACCAGCAGCUCAGAUUGCUCGGAAUUCUCGGCGCCCAUGAGAAAGUGCUCGAGAUUCCGUCGAUCGCCACACGUUUCAAGCAUCUUUGGGCUGAUAAUGGCGACGAAUGCAGCCGACAGUACGCGGGAACCGGCGCUUUGAAGUCGGAUUACACCCGAUUGGGCAAACGAACCUAUUAUGGAGCGAUGAACGAUGGGGUGAAUGCGAUCACCCGAUAUGUUCGCAAUAAUUUCAACGACGGAUAUCGACAGGACGCCAUUGAUCUAUUCCUUGGCAAUUAUGUCGUCGAUCCAUCGAUUCUGCCGCCGUCGAUGGAAGCCCCGUUGUUCUCGACGGACCCGAACGGUCUUGCGCUCAUUGCCGCGCUUUUCGCAAUGUCGAUGACAAUUUUGUGUAUUCUCGUCGCAGACAACCUAACCGCCACAAUCUUCUGGUUUGUCAUCUUUUUCGUGUGUAUUUCGUUCAUUUUCCUCAACGGCGAAGAAUUCGUCAACGCGCCGAAGCUUAAAAUCGAUUAG